AUGUCUCCGUAUCGUCUAGUCUAUGGAAAAGCUUGUCACCUUCCUGUUGAGUUAGAACACAAGGCUUACUGGGAUGUUAAAUAUUGCAAUCUCAGCCUUGAUGAAAGAGGUGCACAUAGAAAGUUACAACUACAAGAAUUAGAAGAAUUGAGACGUGAGGUAUAUGAGAAUUCCAAGAUCUAUAAAGCAAAGAGCAAAGCUUUCCGUGACAGCCUCAUCUCCAGGAAACAGUUCACUGUUGGCCAUAAAGUUUUACUCUUUGAUUCUCGUUUAAAACUGUUUCUAGGAAAAUUGAAAUCCUGCUGGAUAGGUCCUUUUGUUGUUGAAAAUAUUUUUCCCUAUGGUGCUGUGGAGAUAUGA